AUGUGGUUUUGUGAAGCCACACGAAUGAAGUACCGAUUCUCCAAUAGAGACAACGUCCCAAUAUCUUCGUUUCUUGUUCCUAAAGUCAAUCUAUUGAGAGAAGCGGGUAUCACAUUUGAUGAUGAUAUUGUUCACCAUAUCUAUGAUAGUCUUGAGCCUCAACUGCAAACCUCUCGCCCCAUCGACAACGAUUAUAAUGACUAUACAGUUGAAGAUUUGAGCCGAGCGAGAGAUGGACUUGUGGGCCAAGCCCUCCAUAUGUUGGGGGGAUGCCCAACACGAUCAUAUAAUACCAAAGACCGUCAAUGCAUCACUCCCGGUGUCAUUAAGCAUUGUUAUACCGAGUGUGAGAGUGAGCAAGUUACUGAUUUAAAGGCUGCAAGGGCGUAG